AUGGCAAUCUGCGAUUUGUUCGACAAAAAAGCGAUAACCAACGCGAUUGUUGUUGAUGUCGAUGCUCAUCAGGGUAACGGUCAUGCCCGAGACUUUGCUAACAACGAGAACGUCUUCGUUUUCGAUGUCUUCAAUCCAUACGUCUAUCCACAUGAUCGUGAAGCUCGCCAAUUCAUUAACAAAGCGGUUCAUGUUAACAGUCACACGACUGACACCUCCUACAUCUCUGAACUACGCAAACAGCUGACCCAGUGUUUGGAAAACAGACAGAACCUGACUCCUCCUGGUUUCGACUUCAUACUGUACAAUGCUGGCACAGAUUGCCUCUUUGGUGAUCCACUGGGUGCUAUGAACUUGAGUCCACAGUGUAUUAUUUCUCGAGAUGAAGUUGUCUUCAAACUUGCUAGAGAAAAGGGAAUCCCGAUUUGCAUGUUAACCAGCGGAGGUUACCAGAAGAACAAUGCUCACCUCAUUGCUAAAUCCAUUGAAAAUCUACACUCAAAGAAUCUCAUCAAUCUCGGAAUCAAUUGA